AUGGCCAAUCCGCCACGCUUCAUCCUGUUCCUGCCGCCACCACCUACGCAACCUACAUUGCCUUCGCUUAGGGCAGCCUUUGGCGAGACACUAAGCCAAGUUCUCAAAGAGGUUGCAAGCCACUCCUCAGAUUCCUCUCAAGCAGCAAUCUUGGACAUUGCCCUGGCGUGUCCGCACCUUAUCGGACACGAGCAGACGCCUCGAUCAAGCCUGUACGAUACCACGCAAGCGAGUCUCGCCGGCAUCUAUAAACUUGUCUGCGUGAUCGCCGCGAAGGAGAGCAUCAAUGUCGAAGAUGCUGACGGCGUCGAUGUCCGUGUCUUGCUGUUAGCGUGGUCACCCGGCAGUACCGAGACCCAGUCUGCACCGUACGGUCCUGUCAUAAGCAUUGGCACGCUUGGACGAUCAGGUCGGCAAUGGCAGUAUGCUUUUGGCGAUGAGUCUGAGGCUGGUGAAGCCAUGGUCAAAGCCUUUGUUGCCGCGAAAGGCGGCCAUCAAAGUAUCAGUCACGUACACGGUAGUGCGAGCUCGGCAGCGGCAUCCGGCCAUGCACCAAAUGGAACGGCUAAGACCAUUGACAAGACUGUCUCCCCACACACAAGUACGCAUAGACACUGCCAUGUUGCCGUAGGCGGAACGUUUGAUCAUCUGCAUAUCGGCCACAAAUUGCUUCUGACGAUGACCGUAUUUGCCGUCGACGAGCCUACCGACUCUGGACCUCCGGCACAGGAGCGGAGCGCAACGCUUGGUAUCACUGGUGAUCAAUUGUUGAAGAACAAGAAGCAUGCUUCAGUCCUCGAGUCAUGGGCUGAGCGCCAGAAUGCUGUGCAAAACUUCCUCGACGGUAUCGUGAACUUCAGUGCUCAAGCACCGGACAGCAGAGUGCGCAAUGACGCAGGGCCCAACGGCAAGUCCGUGGAUCUACACUACCCGAACGGUCUUAUAGUCAAGUGUACCGAAAUACAGGACCCUUUUGGCCCGACUAUCACCGAGGAGCAGAUCUCAGCCCUGAUCAUUUCUGGCGAGACGAGGGCAGGUGGCAAAGCAGUGAAUGACAAGCGCAAGGAGAAGGGCUGGGCUGAGCUGGAGGUCUUCGAGGUGGAUGUACUUGACGCCGAAGACGAAGGCGAGGAUGUGAAGGAGGGGUUCGGCAACAAGCUGAGCAGUACCGCCAUCCGAGAAAAGCUCGCCAGGAAACAGGACGGUGGAGGGAGCGGGAAGCUUUAG